AUGCGCGGCGGCGGCAGGGGCGGGGCGGAGUGGCACUUCCGGCCGGCUCUGGAAGCGGGGCCGGGGACGGGGUUGUGUGGGGUCAUGGCGACUCACGCGGUGGCCAACGAACGGCUGCGCGCGCUGGAGGAGCUGGAGCGCGAGAUCGGCGCCUCGCUGCAGAGCGCAGGCAACGUGAUCCUGGAGCUGUCCAAGGAGAAGGCGAACGAGCGGGCGCUGGAGCGCCAGGCCGCCCAGUUCAGCGCCGCGGUGCAGAAGGUGGAGGCGGAGCUCUCUGCCCAGAUCCGCUACCUCACCCAGGUGGCGACAGGGCAACCGCAUGAGGGCUCGAGUUACUCAGCUGGCAAGGACUGCCAGCUGGCCCUCAACCGUGUGGACUAUGCCCGCCUCAAGCUGGGCGAGCUGGCCCGCACCUGCGAGCAGAUGCUGGAGCCCUGAUGUGGUUCGGCACACUAUGGACAUGCUCUGGCAUGCCACAGACAUGCUAUGACACACUACAGCCCCAGCGCAGCUUUUUCAGGUGUUGGAGCGCACAGGAUCAUGUGACCGUAGGGGAUUGUGGGGGUGCCAGGACAUGCUGUGACACGCUGCUGCCCGGGAGCAGCUUACUCAGGUCCUGAGGAAGUGAUGACAUAAGGAAUAUGCAAUGUAAACGGUGAUGUAAAGAAUAUGUGGGCCCAGGAACCCAGAAUAUGCUAUGACAUGCUAAGGAUGCUGCCUCCACCAGUCUUCAACCAGCACUAUUGGUGGGGGCUGUUGGUCAUGCCUCCCCACCCCACCAGGCCUUUUUGUAUAUAUUUGGGGGGCCCCAAAGGGGAGAUGCCCCACCAUUUCUGUAGGUUCCCCCCAUAUAUAGGCAUAAUAUAGGGCUAUUGAUGAAAAUCCUAAUCAGAUCGUCACGUGGGGAAGGAGAGAUGUAUGCUGUAUGUACACCCCCCUGGUCCUGGAUACCUGGGUUCUCCGUGUCUAUUGGGUGGGAGGAGAUCUUGGGAGUCACUGUACGGGGUGGGGGCAAUGGCUCCUGUGGAAGUCACUGUGAGGGGGGUCAUCUUCUGGGUCUGGGGACCACUGUGUGGGGGCAGGUACCUGCCCUGGUAAUGAAAUACAUGGCCCCACUCAUUA